GAGGGCGGGGUCUCGGUCGCCGCUGCCAUGUCCUUGGCUGCGCUGCUGCUCCGCGCCCGGGGGGGCCGCCUCGCCGGGAGGCUGGGAAAGAUUCCGGUCAGUUCCCACAGGAACCUUCAGUAUGGCUGGACAGCAUAUUUAAUGGGAGAUAAAGCUAGCGCAAAAUUCACUGAAUACAGCAAAGUCUUCACAGUGGAUGGUAAUCUGCAUGCUGGCACAGCGAAACUCGCCCAACAAGUGGCAGAAAUACUGGGUUUGCGAUAUUUCCCAGAGGCCACCAUUCAUCUGUUAGACCAAUUAACGGGAGAUGGAAAAAACCUAGAUUUAAAAUAUAACGGCAGUUGCUCUGUGAAGACCUUCUACAAUGAGCCUAAGCAUCCAAAUGGAAACUCUUACCGGCUUCAAGCUUGGAUGUACGGUUCCCGCUUCCUACAGUAUGCAGAAGCUCUCGGCCAUCUCUUGAGGACAGGACAAGGAGUCGUGCUGGAACGGUCCCCCUACAGUGACUUUGUUUUCUUGGAGGCGAUGUCAAAGCAAGGCUACAUUCACCCAAGGUGUGUGAAACACUACUAUAGGAUGAAGCAUCUUAGUAUUUGUGAGAUUUUGCCUCCUCACCUGGCCAUUUAUAUUGAUAUUCCUGUCUCAGAAGUUAAGAAAAGGAUUGAUGAGAUAGGCGAGCCCUAUGAAAAAAAAGUCUCAGCAGCAUAUCUUCAAAGCAUUGAAGAUACCUAUAAGAAAUCUUUCCUGCCACAGAUAAGUGAAACCUCUGAGGUCUUGCAAUAUACAGCCAGUGAAGUUGACAGCCUGGAGAGAAUUAUUGAAGACAUUGAACUGCUGAAGUUUGAUAAAGGGCCUUGGCUUGAACAAGAUGAUAUUACCUUGCAUUACCUGAGGCGUCGUGUUAAUGACAAGUCAAAAAUACUGAGUCCUGUGGCGGUUCCCGACUACGUUCCCGAACUCACCGUAGGAGGCCUUGAUGCCGACUCCAUCUUCCACACUUACAGGGAGCUUCCUGGACGCCUGUUUGCCCCUGGUUACAACGCUGAUGUGGGAGACAAGUGGAUCUGGCUCAAAUAGCCCAUUUCUUUGGAAGGAUGAAGUUGGCCACAGAAGGGCGAUGCUAAGCCGCCAGCUGUAAAUAGGUGACAUCUUUAGCAAAGGUGGCAGGUCUUCAGCUGGGAGAAGGAGCCAACAAUAAGGAAGGUACCUUUAGCGUUCAAUCAAGAUUCUUCUGAGCAGAAUCCCACGAAGGCAAAGAAGGGAUACUGUGGCAAGCUCAGUGAAUAAAAUAGCAUCUGGAGCUUCCUAUAGCUGAAAACCUGAAGUUCCUCAAUAUA